CUAUCUAUCUAUAUAUAUAUAUAUACACAUUCUUCAUCGAAAGUGAUUCAGACAAAGAGUUUGGCCGAACAGAAAAAAGAAAUCGACAAUGGCUUCCAAACCAGGGUUUCUCACUGACUGGCCAUGGACAUUUCUUGGCUCCUACAAGUAUGUAGUGUUGGCUCCUUUCGCUAUACGCGCGACGUAUUCAUACAUGACGAAGGGCGAGGGCGAGAGGGAUUUUUCCGAGUUUCUUAUACUUCCCUUUUUAAUAUGGAGAAUGGUGCACAAUCAGAUAUGGAUUUCUCUCUCCCGAUACCGGACUGCGAAAGGAGCCAACCGUAUAGUCGACAAAAAUAUUGAGUUUGAUCAAGUUGAUCGCGAAAGAACUUGGGAUGAUCAAAUAAUAUUCAAUGGACUAUUGUUCUACAUCGGGCAAAAGUACAUCGAGCAAGCUCACCAUCUACCGUGGUGGCGGACCAAUGGUGUAAUCUUGACAGCUUUGCUACAUGUUGGGCCGGUCGAGUUUUUAUACUAUUGGUUGCACCGCGCGUUGCACCACCACUUUCUCUACUCGCGCUACCACUCCCACCACCACUCCUCCAUCGUCACCGAACCCAUUACUUCUGUGAUCCAUCCUUUCGGAGAGCACAUCGCAUACUUCGCGCUGUUUGCAAUUCCUCUUCUUACGACAAUAUGGACCGGGACAGCUUCCCUUAUCUCCUUUGCCGGCUACAUCACUUACAUCGACUUCAUGAACAACAUGGGACAUUGCAACUUCGAACAUAUACCUAAAUGGCUCUUCUCUGUCUUCCCUCCGCUCAAGUACAUUAUGUACACGCCUUCGUUCCAUUCAUUACACCACACUCAAUUUCGGACAAAUUACUCUCUAUUCAUGCCAUUCUACGACUAUGUCUAUGGAACAAUGGACCAAUCCUCGGAUUCGUUGCAUGAGAAGUCUCUAGUAAGAAAAGAGGAGUCGCCCGAUGUGGUGCAUUUGACUCAUCUAACCACACCUAAUUCGAUAUACUAUCUUCGGUUAGGAUUUGCCUACUUGGCUUCCGAGCCGCACAAGUCCAAGUGGUACUUGUGGCUAAUGUCGCCUGUCACUUUAUGGUCGAUGGCUGUCACUUUGAUCUAUGGUCGUACGUUCAUCGUUGAAAGGAAUCUCUUCAAACGCCUCAAAUUGCAAACAUGGGUUGUCCCCAAGUACACCGUUCAAUAUUAUAUGCAAUGGCAAAGGGAGUCGAUUAAUAAAAUGAUAGAGGAUGCGAUACUUGAAGCCGAGGAGAAAGGAGUUAAAGUGCUAAGCCUAGGGCUCUUGAAUCAGGACGAGGUUCUCAAUGGAAAUGGCGAGUUGUUCUUAACAAGAAACCCGAAGUUGAAGGUAAAAUUAGUCGAUGGAAGUAGUUUAGCUGUCGCUAUUGUGCUAAACAGCAUUCCCAAAGGAACAACUCAAGUGCUACUUCGAGGCAAUCUAAAUAAGAUUGCUUAUUCGAUUGCCUUAGCCCUAUGCCAAGACGAAGUCGAGGUAUUCACUCUUCGCGAGGACGAGUAUAAGAAGCUCAAGUCGAGUUUUAAUAGCAAGGCUGCAAACAAAUUGGCCAUCUCUCAAUACAAUCUUCCGAAGGUAUGGUUGGUCGGAGAUGGAAUAAGUGAUGAUGACCAGUUGAAGGCGUCGAAAGGGACAAUAUUUGUUCCAUUUUCUCAAUUUCCUCCGAAUAAAGUGCGCAAAGAUUGUGUGUACAACAACACACCAUCAAUGUUGGCUCCAAAGCAUUUUGAGAAUGUCGAUUCUUGUGAGAACUGGUUGCCGAGACGAGUGAUGAGUGCCCAACGAAUAGCGGGAAUAUUGCACGCUGUCGAAGGAUGGAGUGAGCACGAGUGUGGGAACACAAUGCUCAACGUGGAAAAGAUAUGGCAAGCUAGCCUCGAGCAUGGUUUCCGCCCCAUGACGAUGUCGGCAACUUUGUCCGAACAUAAGUAGAUGAAAUUAAUGUGAUAUCCUCGAAUCUUAGGCUGGUGUUCACCGUAAGUAAUGCCAUAAUGUUUGUCGAAAGCUCACCAUAAAACAUGUGUGUUUGCCUGAUGAGCUUUGAGAAUAUGUAAGAAGCUAAGGUUUGUUUGUUGCAUAUUUGGUGAUGUUUAUGAAAUAAUUUUGGUAUCAAAUGAGUUUGAUCUUAUAAUAUAUGCAG